CAUACAAACAUGUCGGCCGGAGUCGGGGGAGUACCGGUCGGGGAAAGCAGCAACGACCGCGGCGGCUCCGGAGGCAGCAGCGGCGGGGGCAGCGCGGAGACGGAUCGUGCUACCUUCGAGUGCAACAUUUGCCUGGACACGGCCCGAGACGCGGUGAUCAGUUUGUGUGGACACUUGUUCUGCUGGCCCUGUCUUCAUCAGUGGUUGGAGACCCGUCCCAGCAGACAGCAGUGUCCUGUGUGUAAAGCCGGGAUCAGCAGAGACAAAGUGAUUCCUCUGUACGGACGAGGCAGCUCCAGUCAGGACGACCCUAGGUUGAAAACACCACCUCGACCUCAGGGACAGAGGACAGAACCAGAGAGCAGAGGAGGGGGCGGGAUGUUUCAGGGUUUGGGCGACACAGGGUUCCACAUGUCUUUUGGGAUCGGGGCAUUUCCCUUCGGGUUCUUCACAACAGUUUUCAACGCCAACGACCCUUUUCACAGAGCAGACCAGUACACAGGCGAACACCAGGCCAACGGAAACCAUAACAACGGUAACCCUAACAACAACAACUGGCAGGACUCCCUCUUCCUGUUUGUCGCCAUUUUCUUUUUCUUCUGGCUCCUGAGUGUGUGACCUCUGCGGCAUCUGGAUCUACAACAAGACAACAAGUACUACGGCGAGAACUACGGCAAUAAAAAUGGCCAAAAACACUCACGCUUCUUCCCAGUAUGGUUCAUAACAGGGCCGUGGGCGUUGGGAGAGCAUUUUAUUGUAUACCUAAAGGCCAAAGAGUAGCAGCAUUCAUCAUUUUCAAAGCAAAUGGACAGAAAGAAAAGUAGCAAAGUUGAAUUUUUGGAGCUACAUUUUGUCUUAAACUGCCAUUGCACUGUGAAGACAGCACUAAAGUAAUGUCCCA